AUGGACCGACCGAAUUUUAACACUCGACGAUCCGUAGAUAGUGCACGCUCGGCUACCGCUACCAAUCCUGCUUCCCCUGCCACUGCCGCCGCGCCUGCUUCUCCCCUCAACCCUCACUCUUCCCAAACUUCGUCAUCCUCUUCCCAUUCGACCGUAAACUCCUCUGCUCCUACCGACGUUCCUCUGCGAUCGAGGCCCGGACGCUCCGUCUCGCAUUCCCUCAAUCUAUCCUCUUCUGCUAGCAGGAAGAGCCGACAUGCCGAGCCUGGAACCACCGACGCCCACUCUGCCUCUGCUAGCCUUUCCAUGCCCCCGCCCUCUUCGAUUCCUCUAAAGAGCCCGAGAACUUCUCUCUGCCGUACCCGCCGAGAAUCCAAUACCUCGCUCGAAGCCUGGAGCGAUUCCGCCUUGCAGUUUGCCGACGUCGACGAGGUCGACAAUACCCCACGCCUCAUGUCUGGGUCUAGCCAGCAAGAUUCCACCACCGCCCCAUAUCGCCCCCUCCCCGAACCCGCCCUCACCUCCCGAUCAUCUUUUUCUUCCGAGUCCGACCUCAAGGACAAGCGCACAUCCGUCUCCAGCAUCUUUUCUGUCUACUCCCUGGCCUCGGCUCGCGGCGCCGCCCCAACUUCCGUCCCCGCCACCCAAUCCUCUGCUGCUUCGACAAACGGCUCCGACGGUGGCCCUUCGCGCUCCGUUUCUGGCAUCAUGUCGUCAGGAAAACCAGUCACGAAUGCCUCGCAACCCGGCGCCGAGCUCUCCAACGUUACUGUAACUACCUCUUCGAAUGGUCAAAAUGCCAAUGCCGCCCCGGGUGGUCAUCACCUGGCGCCGCGCGAGACCAAUACCCAUACGCACCACGAAGUAAUCAAACGGCCUCCUCGUCCCGCCCAGCCAACGCGAUCCCGCAGCCGCAACAAGCGCAGGUUCAGCGGAAGCACUGGUGCAAGCAGCCAUAGCCCCAGCAGCGAUCGAGGACCCUACCACAACAAGGAGAAAGAAGAGGGUCAGUCAAGAGAUACAAGCGCGCCUCGACAACGUGUACCGACAAGCUCUAAUGCGCCUGCAGUCAAGCCAGCGCCUUGGGGUGUUAUUGGAGUUUGCGCUUUGGAUGUCAAGGCCCGCAGCAAGCCUAGCAGGAAUAUUCUGAACCGACUCAUUGCUAAUCGCGAGUUCGAUGUCGUUGUGUUUGGUGACAAGGUCAUUUUGGACGAAGUCGCCGAGGCCAUUACGAAAGUGGUUUUCUUGCGUACAGGUACUAACAAUUUCCUCAGUGAUUAUCUCAUCUCAUUCUAUUCGGAUGGCUUCCCCCUGGAUAAGGCAAUUGCCUACGUCAAGGCUAGAAAACCGUUCUGCGUCAACGAUGUGCCGAUGCAGAAGAUUCUUUGGGAUCGUCGUCUAUGCCUCAACAUCUUAGACGGAAUUGGCGUGGCUACGCCGAAACGCAUCGAGGUGAACCGUGAUGGCGGACCUAAGCUUUUGACCGCAGACACUGCAAAGCAUAUCAAGGAGAUUACUGGUAUAACCUUGGACGCCGAGGAUCUGGGCUACAAUAGGCUUCCCCGCAAGGUCGAGCUUCUCGACGACGGCGACAUUCUCAGCGUCGACGGCGCUCUGCUCAAGAAACCCUUUGUCGAGAAGCCUGUCAGCGGUGAAGAUCACAACAUCAUCAUCUACUUCCCCAAGUCCACCGGUGGUGGUGCUCGCCGGCUGUUUCGCAAAAUUGGCAACAAGAGCUCCGAGUAUGAUCCCGACUUGAACAUUCCUCGCGCUAUUCUGGAGCCAGAGAAUAGUUACAUUUACGAAAAGUUCAUGAGAGUUGACAAUGCUGAGGAUGUCAAAGCCUACACUGUGGGACCCAACUACUGCCACGCAGAGACUCGGAAAUCUCCAGUUGUCGACGGUGUCGUCAGACGAAACACGCACGGCAAGGAGCUGCGCUAUGUCACGGCAUUGGAGCCUGAAGAGAAGGAAAUUGCGAGCAAGAUUUCAACCUCUUUCGGCCAAAGAGUUUGCGGCUUCGACUUCCUGCGGGCCGGCGGCAAGAGCUAUGUCAUCGACGUUAAUGGUUGGAGCUUCGUCAAGGAUAACGACGAUUACUAUGACCACUGCGCCAACAUUCUCAAGGAUGUCUUUGUCAAGGAGAGGCUUCGCAGAGGCGGCGUCACCUCUCCCGUACCAUCACCUUCUCCCUCGGAUAUGACUGAUCCAUUGGCAUCGCGCGGAAAGGAGAAGGAGGCUUCGCAACCUAUCCCUGUGCCACCGGCGCAGAAUAAGUCCGUGACCAACGUGUCGGCCGUUUCUGAGAAGCUGCCCCAGGAGCCGAAGCCCAUACCAGCGAGUGCACCGCCUCAAAAGUCGGAGAGUGCACUCCCCUCUGCUGUCACCAGUUCGUGUACCAGCCCUACUCUUCCUCCUCCACCUCCGCUGGUAGAUCCUGCAGUGGCGAGCGUCCCUUCCACCGUGGGAACGGGGUCAGCGACUCCAUCCGCCGCGCCUUCGCUGCAAGGGGAGGGCACUGCGCCUCCUGCAGAGGAGGCUCCAGUGCCGCCGCCGCCACCGAAGCACUCUUGGAAACUCAAGGGCAUCGUGUCCGUCAUUCGACAUGCUGAUCGAACUCCGAAGCAAAAGUACAAGUUCACUUUCCAUACAGCGCCCUUUAUUGAAUUACUCAAGGGUCAUCAGGAAGAGGUGCUCCUCAUAGGAGAGGCCGCUCUGGCCAGCGUACUGCAGGCCGUAGAUGUCGCGUUGAGAGCUGGCGUAGAAGACCGCGCCAAGUUGAAAUCGCUGCGUAAUGUCCUCGUGAAGAAGGGCGGAUGGGCUGGCACCAAGGUCCAAAUUAAGCCAAUGUUCCGAAAGAAGAAGACGGAAGAGGUCGCAGUUUCGUCAGGCGACGAGCUUUCACAAGUCUUGAAAGAAGGCGUUGAAACGGACUUCGCAGAGAAGACUGAUGAUGGUGCCGCAAAGACGGAAAACUCUUCACCGUCCAGGAUGCCACCCAAGAGGCACGACUCACUUUCUGGUAUGACCAUGUCCCGCAUCACAGCAGCGGAGGAAAGCUUGGUCCUAGAGAAGCUUCAGCUCAUUGUGAAAUGGGGCGGUGAGCCAACACAUUCGGCACGCUAUCAGGCCCAGGAACUGGGUGAGAACAUGAGAAACGAUUUCAAUCUGCUUAACCGAGAUGUCCUUGACGAGGUUCACGUUUUCAGCAGUUCUGAACGUCGCGUUACUACCAGUGCGCAAAUUUGGGCUUCUGCUUUCCUGGAUCGCAAAGAUCUCCCUGAGGACUUCAUCACUAUCCGCAAGGAUUUGCUCGACGACUCCAACGCUGCCAAGGACGAGAUGGACAAGGUGAAGAAGAAGUUGAAGGGUCUUCUUCGCAAGGGUAACGAGCGACCUUCCCAAUUCGCUUGGCCGGAGAAAAUGCCCGAGCCUUCAGAGGUUCAGACGCGCGUUGUUCAACUCAUGAACUUCCAUCGUCGCGUAAUGCACUACAACUACAGCAAGCUGCACAACGGUAGUGCCGUUGCUUCUUUGAAUAAUGCCAUUGCCAACCCGGGUUCCGAGAAACCCACAAGUGCCGAGGCAUCAGGCUCGACAAGCUCCAUGUCCUCCUCACUGUCUCAGGCGAAUGCGGUGAGCAACAUUCAACCCAGAUGGUGUUGUGGCGAGGAUGCCGAGCUCUUCAGGGAACGCUGGGAAAAGCUUUUCGCGGAGUUUUGUGACGGAGAAAAGGUCGAUCCAAGCAAGAUCUCCGAGCUUUACGACACGAUGAAGUUCGAUGCUCUGCAUAACCGGCAGUUCUUGGAAUGGGUAUUCACACCGCCCAAAGCCAUGCUGGAGGAGGAGUACGGUAUCAAGGACAAGGAAAAGGACAAGGACAGCAAGGACGGUAGCAAAGAGGCGAAGACUGCCGAGAAAACAUCCGAUGAGGGGAAGUCGUCGCAGGACUCCCGCGAGGAACGACGGGAUUUCUCGGGAUCUAGCGAUAAGGCAGACAAGAGCGAAGCCAGCAAGAGCUCAACAUCUGUCAGACGCAUCUUCCGACGGCGGUCGUUCCUCAACGGUCUCCGACACGUCGAGGCAGCCCCGCCUGAACAGUACUUUCACCUCUACAAGAGCAACACUCAGACCAAGGCAAAGACCGAUGCCAGGUUUGAGCCGUUACGGGAACUGUACCAGCUUGCCAAGGUUCUAUUCGACUUCAUCUGCCCUCAAGAGUACGGUAUCUCUGAUGGGGAGAAGCUGGAGAUUGGUCUUCUGACAUCGUUGCCGCUGCUCAAGGAGAUUGUCCAGGAUCUUGAGGAGAUGCAAGCAUCGAACGAUGCCAAAUCCUUCUUUUACUUUACCAAAGAGUCUCACAUUUACACCCUGCUCAACUGCAUCCUUGAAGGAGGGAUCGAGACGAAGAUCAAGAGAAGCACUAUUCCCGAGCUUGACUAUCUUUCGCAGAUCUGCUUCGAGCUGUAUGAAUCGGAGACCAAGGCCCCUGCCGCCACACCCGACGGGGGCGAGGAGCAGACAUUUGCCUACAGCAUCAGAAUCACCAUUAGCCCCGGAUGCCACGUCUUCGACCCGCUAGAUGUCCAAUUGGACAGCAAGCAUUGCAUCAGCUGCGCUCCGCGACGCAGUCUGACCCCUCACGGCGAUUGGAUGCAAGUAAUCCGCACUCUGAGGGCUAAGUUCAACCAAGUCAAACUUCCCAAGACGUUCCUCGCUGUGAACUUGUCAGAUCUCUUUUCUGUCGAGGACCAUGAACGACGGGAUAGUGACAGCGAGGGGCUCGAAAUGAAGGGAUUGCAUCCUAAGCCCAAGGUAUCAGAGCAGCAAACCACUGCCCACUCAGAAGCCGAGAGCGGAACAGGAAAGGAGGAGCUUGUCUCAGCGGGCCAGGCUCUUGCUUCAGCCUCGUCGGUUGUCAUGGAUGAUGAGGAGCCCGUUAGCCCGAGAACCAAGCCUGACGCUUCAACCGAGACAAUUUCCCAGGUGGCAGCAGACUCUGCCGAGUGA